AUGGAGGCUAAAAAGUAUCAACAAUUCCGAGGUCAACCUAGGCUGCCGAAAUUCGCGGUGCCCCGACGUUACGAUCUUCAUCUCAAACCUGACCUCGAUGCCUGCAAGUUCUCCGGUGCCGUCCAAAUCACCGUCGACGUUGUUUCCGCCACCAAGCACCUUGUCCUCAAUGCCGCUGAACUCUCCGUUGACUCCAAGUCUGUUCAAUUUAAAACCCCGACCAAGGUUCUGGAGGCGGCGGUGGUGGAAAUGUGUGAAGAGGACGAGAUAGUGGUGAUAGAGUUCGGGGAGAGUUUACCUGUUGGCGAAGGAGUUUUGAGUGUUUCCUUUGAAGGAACUUUGAACGACAGGAUGAAAGGCUUUUACAGAAGUGUUUAUGAACAUAAUGGGGUGAAGAAGAACAUGGCUGUGACACAGUUUGAACCAGCAGAUGCAAGGCGGUGCUUUCCCUGCUGGGAUGAACCAGCUUGCAAGGCUACAUUCAAGAUAACAUUGGAAGUGCCGUCUGAUCUGGUUGCUCUUUCAAAUAUGCCAGUUAUUGAAGAGAAAGUGGAUGGAAAUCUUAAGAGAGUGAGUUAUCAGGAAUCACCAAUCAUGUCAACGUAUUUGGUGGCAGUUGUUGUUGGUUUGUUUGAUUAUAUUGAAGAUCAGACUCCUGACGGGAUUGCUGUCCGUGUGUACUGUAAGGUUGGUAAGGCUGAUCAAGGCAAAUUUGCUCUAGAUGUUGCAGUCAAAACACUAGGAAUAUAUAAAGAGUAUUUUGCUGUGCCAUAUUCUCUGCCCAAAUUAGAUAUGAUUGCAAUCCCAGAUUUUGCUGCUGGAGCCAUGGAGAACUAUGGCCUAGUCACAUAUAGAGAGACUGCUUUGCUGUACGAUGAGAAGCACUCUGCAGCUGCUAACAAGCAGAGGGUUGCAACUGUUGUAGCACAUGAACUUGCACAUCAAUGGUUUGGCAAUCUAGUAACAAUGGAAUGGUGGACGCAUCUAUGGUUGAAUGAGGGAUUUGCUACAUGGGUUAGCUAUUUAGCAGCUGAUAGCCUCUUUCCUGAGUGGAAAAUUUGGACUCAAUUCCUUGAUGAAAGUACUGAAGGACUCCGCUUGGAUGGGCUUUUGGAAUCGCAUCCUAUUGAGGUUGACAUUAAUCAUGCUGGUGAGAUCGAUGAGAUCUUUGAUGCUAUAAGUUACAGAAAGGGUGCUUCUGUGAUUCGGAUGUUGCAGAGCUAUCUGGGUGCUGAAUGUUUUCAGAGGGCACUGGCUUCAUACAUAAAGAAAUUUGCUUGCUCAAAUGCAAAGACCGAAGAUUUAUGGUCUGUCCUCCAGGAGGAAUCUGGUGAACCUGUGAACAAGCUAAUGAAUUCCUGGACGAAGCAAAAAGGUUAUCCAGUUGUUUCUGCAAAAUUGCAAGACCACAAAUUGGAAUUUGAGCAGUCCCACUUUUUGCUGAGUGGCUCCCCAGGAGAUGGGCAAUGGAUUGUUCCAGUCACAUUAUGUUGUGGCACAUAUGAUGCUCGCAAAAGCUUUCUACUGCAAGCAAAAUCUGAAACGCACGACAUCAAGGAUUUGUUGGGUGCCUCAACAUCUAAAAGCAAUUCUUGGGUGAAAAUCAACCUGGACCAAACAGGUUUCUACAGGGUUAAAUAUGAUGAGGACCUCUCAGUGAGACUUAGAUAUGCGAUAGAGAAAAAUUACUUGUCAACGAUGGAUAGAUAUGGUAUUUUGGAUGACUCAUAUGCCCUGUCCGUGGCUUGUCACCAGUCGUUGGCUUCUCUGCUUGCAUUGAUGGGGGCUUACAAGCAGGAAAAUGACUACACUGUUUUGUCCAACUUAAUUAGUAUAAGUUGCAAGGUUGUGAGAAUUGCAGCUGAUGCUGUUCCUGAAUUACUGGAGGAUAUGAAGCUAUUUUUCAUCAACCUUUUCCAAUAUUCUGCAGAGAGACUUGGUUGGGAUCCUAAGCCAGGGGAGAGCCAUCUAGAUGCUAUGCUGAGAGGUGAACUCUUGACUGCACUUUCCCUUUUUGAACAUGAAGAGACUCAAAAAGAAGCUAGCAGGCGCUUUCACAUAUUCCUGGAUGACAGAAAUACACCCGUCCUUCCACCGGAUUUGAGAAGGGUAUGUAUAUAUGUAUAUAUAUAUUUUUGGCUGUUCAUCCUCAGUAGUGAGAUCUCAUGCGCCAGAACCACUUCAUUACAGGCUGUAUAUGUUUCUGUAAUGCUGAAGGUCACCAAAUCAAAUCGGUCAGGGUACGAUUCUCUCCUGAGAAUCUACAGAGAGUCUGACCUCAGCCAGGAGAAGACCCGGAUACUAGGUUCACUGGGAUCUUGCAAGGAUCCAGAAAUUAUUGAUGAAAUUCUAAAUUUCUUAUUGUCUUCUGAGGUCCGAAGUCAAGAUGCUGUCCAUGGGCUUGGUGUUAGUAGAGAGGGACGUGAGACUGCUUGGAAAUGGUUGAAAGAAAACUGGGAUCAGAUUGUGAAAACUUACGGUGCUGGCUUUUUAGUGACUCGCUUCAUCGGUUCAGUUGUUUCACCGUUUUCCACCUAUGAAAAAGCCACAGAAGUGGAGGAGUUCUUUGCAAGCCGAAUGAAGCCUUUCAUAGCCCGGACCUUAAAACAGAGCAUUGAGAGAGUCCACAUCAAUGCGAAGUGGGUUGAGAGCAUUCAGAAAGAGAAAGAACUUGCUGAUGUAGUGAAGGAGCUAGCUUAUAGAAAGGACUAG